AUGCAGGUUGACUGGGCGUUGAUCACGGUGUUGAUUGAGCGGUGGCGACCGGAGACGCAUACUUUUCAUUGGCCCAUUGGCAAGGCUACCAUCACGCUACAGGAUGUUGAGGUUUUAUAUGGCCUGCCUGCUGAUGGCAUGGCCGUUUCACUGCCUAUUGCUAUGAGAUAUAUGUCGCGUGAUCAUUAUUUGGACAUGCUGCAUCAGCUCACUGGUUUCAGGCCUCAGGAUGAGGUUGCAUCGUCUGGUGCUAGUCGGUUGGCUUUGACCCCUAUUAGACAGUACUUGGAGCUACUCCACCCCGAUAUCACUGACGAUACAGAGGAGGAGCAUAUCACCCAUUAUACGAGGUUGUUGUUGCUUCUUCUAUUUGGAGGGGUCUUGUUCCCUAAUACUUCAGGAAACCUCGUCAGCCAUAGAUUUUUGCAUCAUCUUCAGCUGCUGGAUGAGUUACCCUAUUACAGCUGGGAUGCUGCUGUUCUCGGCUACAUGUAUAGGCAGAUGUGUCGGGCGAGCAUGGCCACUCAGAGAGAUGUUUGUGGUUUUAUGCCGCUUCUACAG